AUGUAUCCAAGUUGGGCAUAUAAAGUAGGUGCAAGAUGGGUAUCUGAUCAUAGUACUUUAUUUUGGGGGAAUAACUCAAUCCCAAAGCCAACAAAUGUUCCAUUCAGAGCACUCAAGGUGUGGAAGAAUCAUUCUGGUUUCCUACCAUUUAUUAAAGAUUCAUGGAGUAAAGCAGUAAAAGGUAAUCCUAUAUAUAUUUUCAUGUUCAAGGUUAAGAGACUGAAAAAUGAUAUUAAGGAAUGGAAUUGGUCAGUUUUUGGGAAUGUUAAUAAAAAUAUGAAGACUGCAGAAGAGGAAAUAUUGAACUAUACCGUUGCAUCAGACCAAGAACCAGAAAAUACUAUACUCUUAAAUAAGUUGGUAACUACAAGAGGGAAGUUGGAAGUUCUUUCUCAACAACAAAAAGACAUCAUUCAACAAAAAUCAAGAGUAAUGUGGCUUAAAGAUGGAGCUUCAAAUACUAAAUUCUUCCAUGUUAAUAUGAAAGUAAGGCAAGAUCAUAACAUGGUAGUAGAGUUAGAAGAUGAUGAUGGAAACAUAAUAACUUCACAGAGAGAUAUUGCUUCAAAUAUUGUUGCCCAUUUUGAAGAAAAGUUCAAAUUCCAAGAGAUGGAGAUAAAUCAUCAAUUUUUGGAUGUAAUUCCAAAAGUAUUAAGUACUAAAGAUAAUAAAAUGCUAGAAUCAACUCCUUCUAAGGAAGAAAUUAAAACAAAUAUUUUUGAUCUCAAUCCAGAGAGUGCACCAGGACCAGAUGGAUUUGCAGGGUGGAUUUAUAGAUAUGCUUGGGAAAUUAUUGGUAAAGAUCUCACAGAUGCAAUUCAAUACUGCUGGAUAAGAAGUUUUAUACCUGAGGGACUAAAUGCAAAUUUCCUUAAGAUGAUACCAAAAACCAACAAUGCAAAAAAGGCAAAGCAAUAUAGACCUAUUGGAUUAAUGAAUUUCAGCUUCAAGAUUUUUACAAAAAAUUGGGCUACAAGGAUGGGGAGCAUAAUUCAUAAAAUGGUUUCACCACAACAAGGAGUUAAUAUAAAAGGAAGAACAAUACAAGAACAAAUUGUUUUAGAUUCUGAAAUGGUUAAUGAGUUGGAUAUCAAAAGAAGAGGGGGUAAUUUUGGGUUAAAAAUAGACAUUACACAAGCCUAUGAUUCUCUCAGAUGGAACUUUCUAUUCCAAGUCAUGAGAAAGUUUGGAGUAUCAGGUACAACAAUUUACUGGCUUCAAGAACUUCUCAAUUCAGCAAGAAUAUCAAUAUUAGUAAAUGGUGGUCCUGAAGGUUACUUCAAAAUAGGGAGAGGUUUGAGACAGGGUGAUCCCCUGUCUCCUCUUAUUUUUGUUAUUGCAGAAGAUGCUCUUAGUAGAAAGAUAACAAGUGAAAUACAAAAAGGUUCUCUGAAGGAAAUGGUAAAUAGAAAUGGAAUCAAGCCAUCUCACAUUCUUUUUACAGAUGAUGUUUUUCUGUUUUGUAAUGGGGAAAGAAGAAAUGUUAAAAAACUUAUGGAAUUACUUAAAAUCUACCAAGACUCCUCAGGACAAAGAAUCAGUAUGGAAAAAAGUAGGUGCUUUAUUGGAGGUACCAAUGACAGGAGGAAGCUUCAAAUUUCAGAAGAAUAUGGAAUCCCUUUGGCAGAAUUUCCAAAUAAGUAUUUGGGAGUUCAAUUAUUUUCUGGUGGAGUGAAAUCAUAUCAUAGAUGGCCAAAAAGAGUAAUAAAAGAAUGUGAGAGGAACAUUAGAAACUUGUUAUGGACUGGUGAUCCUUCUCAAAGGAAACAAGUAACAUUAAAAUGGAAUAAAGUGUGUUCUCCUGUUAGUGAGGGUGGACUUGGAAUAAGAAGAUUGAAAGUGGUUAAUAAAGCUCUUAUUAUGAAGCUAUUUUGGAAGAUUCAACAUGGUACAAAGGAAAUGUCAAAGUUCUUUCAAGCUAAAUUUCAGAAUAAAAAGGGUGAAUGGAUUUCAUACUACAAGAAAUCAUCAAUAUGGCAAGGAAUAAAAUGGGUGAUAGAAGAUGUACAGGAAGGUACAAUAUGGUUGGUUGGAAAUGGUGAAAAUAUAUAUGUGUGGAAGGAUAAAUGGAUACAAGACAGAGCAUUAGAAGAUAAUUUUCAUAAUCAUUCUUAUGUCCAACAAUUCCCAAACAUGAAGGUAGCUGAUCUUAUUCUUGAAGGAGAAUGGGUAAUUCCAGGUGAAAUGAUGGAGAUGAUUGAAACAAAUGAAUUACCUGUAUUAGGAGGAGGAGAAGAUAGAAGAAUAUGGACACAUAUAAUUUCAGGUGAAUUCACUGUGGCUUCUGCUGUGGAAGCAAUAAGAGAGAAAUUUCCAAAAAUGCAGUGGACAACUCAGGUAUGGCACCCAUCUAUUCAUCCUAAUAUAUCAAGUAACAUAUGGAAAUUAGUUAGGGGAAUAUGUUCCACAGAUGAAAACCUCAAGAAAAUAAAAGUUCAAUUGGCUUCAAGAUGUUGUUUCUGCAAAAAGGAAGAAGAGAAUAAAGAACACUUACUAUGGUUUUGUAACUUCAGUGAAAUCAUUUGGAAAUGGCUAGGAAACAUGUUUAAUUUCAUCAAUCCUAAAUCAUUUGAAGAGAGCCUGAAAAUGGCAAAGAAUAAGAGCCCUGCCAUUAAAGAAGUUUGGAGAGCUGCAUCUUUCAUUACAAUGAGAGAGUUAUGGUUUACAAGAAAAAAAUUGCUAUAUGAGGAAGAGGGUUUCUCUCUAGAUCAAAUUAAUAAGAAGUUUUUAAAGUUCACAAUGGAAUGUGAGGUUAGAGUGAAAGAACCAAUGUGGAAUUGCUCUUAUGAUUUACAAGUUUUGAAAGAUUUGGGGCUAAAAUGCAGAAAAGUAAAAGGUAUCUCAGGCUAUGGAUUUAUUGGUAGAACAAGCUCAGGAGAAUUCUUGGUAGCUGUUUCAGGUGGGUUGGGUGUUUCGACUGACUAUUAUGCAAAGAUACUAGCAGUUCUGAAUGCAGGAGAAUGGGCAUUAAGCAAAGGCCAUGAAGAGUUUGUAGUGAUUCCUAAACCUCCACUCCCUGCACCCAAACAUGAACCAUCACUUUUCCUGGCAAUAAAUCCAAUACCUGCAGCUCGUGUAUUACCUUUUGUUGCACCAUUACAUCAGAUUAAAGUUUUAUCUAUUUGA